AUGGAUAACUAUGAAAACCCAAAAAAACAAGAGACAGGUGACGUAAUUAUGGACGUCGAGCACGAUGCGGCAAAAGCCGCUAUAGUAAAAGGAGGCAAGAAGGUUCCCGGUAAUCUUCACCGUGACAGAGUUCUGUUGUUCGCAGCGAUCCUGCAGAGGACAACUAUCAGUGUUGGCCAGAUACGUAUUCAGGCAGUGGCCACCUGCCUCUUCCUUUGCAUGGACUCAUGUGGUCUUCUUUAUGGAUCGAAAGUAUUCACGGAGGACUGCGUGUUCAGCGAGAAAUUAGCCGAAGGUAAUUACAAUACCUAUUCCUCUACACUGUAUUCCGGACGUCUGCGAACUCUGUACCUCGCACUCAACAAAUUCGGUCAACCUCGUAAAGUCCAGAUACCAGCAGCACGUCCGCUGGGAAAAUUGUCAACAUACGCCAGGACUUUGCCUAUAACUGUCUCUCCAGAAAGACUGGAUAGAUUAGCUCGAAAUUUGGGGAUCAUUCCUACUCUGAGAAUGUGUCCUUUGGUGCCUUUAAGACCAUCAGUAGCUCCUGAAAUGGAUGAGUUUGGACGAGAUCGUGGACGAUGUAGAAGGCGUAAGAAACGAAAGAAGCGAAAACGAAAAGACGAAGAAAUUGUUCCUCAAGUUAAGCCUAAGAAAAAACCACUUAAGAAUAAGAAAGAAGAAGGUGUAUUAGCUAACAAGAAGCAUGGACCGAAACAUAAGCAUCAUCAUGUUAAGCAGCGAAAAAAAAACUUGGAAGUUAUUGAAACGACACUGAAAUCAAGGACCAUUGCUGAUGAAGACGAAGAAAUGGAUACGUCGACUGAAGAUGAUUGGGAAGUAACUGCUUCUAUGACGGAUUAUGAAGAUUCUGCUAAAUGACUAGAUGCGAACUUGAUGUCGAUGGCUGUUUUAACGACAAUG